UCUCUCUCUCUCCUCUCUCUCUCCAUACAUUUUCCUCUACAAUGGAUGCCGUAGCUUUACUCCAAGCUCGGCUUGGCUAUCUUCUUCCCUUCUCACACAUUUAAACAAUGGCCAAAAUAUUCAAACCAGCAUCAGCAGUGACCCUAUAUAACAACAACAACAACAACAACAACGACCACGACCACGACAACAACAACAGCAACAACAACAAGAACACAAUUACAUCAAACGUAUAUACAUAUAUAUAAAAAAAAACACAGGAGAAGCCCACACAUUCACAUCAUACACUACGCAAACUCAUACAUAUAAAUAUAUACACACAUACACACAAACAGUGUUUGUUGGUCGUUGUGAAGGGGAAAUACAACAUCAUCCACAACUGUCAUCUCUGACCGACUGGACCCUUCACCCCACCCCACCACCACCACCACCACCACCACCACCAUCAUCAACAACAACUACUACUACUACCACUACUAUUAUUAAUACAACUACUAUUACUGCUGCUGUUGUUGUUGUUGUUACUGCUGCUGUUGUUGUUGCUGUUGCUGUUGUUGCUGCUGCUGUUUGCCACCAUUGGUCAGUCCCAAUAUAACAAACUUGACCGUCAUGUUGAAAAUACAGCGGGUACCAUGUCCAGAUAUAACAUUCAGAAUCGCCCAUGACAUUAGCCUGGACAGUUUUCCUGAUGAUGAUACUGACGCAGAAUUUGACUUCAAUCCAAAAGAGCUGGAAUUUUACUCUCUGACGCAAAACAAAGAGAAAGAAAGAAAAUAUGAUGUUACCGAGAAAACAGUGGUACCAUUAUUUCAAGAGAAAUCCGAUGUCGAGGAAUUUACCGGCAAAGAUGUCGGAAAUUACGGAAGCACAAAAACGAAUACGACAUACGACAAACCAAUUUACAAGGCGUCAGACUCUGAAAUGGUCCUUCGAAAGAAUGAAAUCAAUAAACAACUGCACAGCAAUAGUGAUAAAGGAAACGAUAAUGGACUCACCAACACAAAAAGUAGAAUGGGCACAAGCAACACCACUAACACUACAGCCAACACUUUCACAAACAACACUGUUACCAAGAACACCUAUAACAACAACACAACUGCUGCCAAUACAAAUGGUGCCAUCACCACCAUGGACAGCAAUCGUUACUUGCAGUCAGUACUUCCUGCAAAAACAGUAAACAAUGUUAAUCACAAAGAAUGGCCCCAGAACACAUCUGGUAACAGCAAUGAACCAAAGACACCUCGACGGCCACGCAAAUUACCUGAAACUCCAAAGACUAGAAGUAAAUUUUCUUGUUAUCUAGACCCUCCUGUAAACACAGCACCACGAGAGAAGUCUCUGGCAGAAGAACUUCUCGAAGCUACCCGGCAAAAGCUACCCCUUCUCCGAGACAUAGAAGUCGACAAUGACGAUGACAACGAGAGCUGCAACUCUGGUGAUGUGGAGGUCGAUGAUGAUGACGAUGUGUUUCUACCACCAACACAGAACGGAGCAAAAUACAAGGAGAAGUCUCAGGAAAAUCUGUUUGAUCGUCUCUUGUACUUUAACAUUGCUUCGAGAAAUACAAAAGCCUAUAUCCAUUGUGAUAAUCCUUAUAUCAAAGAAGAUUCUUUCCCUGCUGAGAAAAAUGGGUCUCGCUCCGCAAAUGGUGGAGCUAGAGUGUGCAGAGCAACUUCUGAUAGUGAAGAGUCAAAACGGAAGUCUUCCAGUUCAAGUACAGUAUGCCCAAACUACCAAGAACUUGAAGUAACCCAUCGAGGGAUGCACCGGUUCAUACCACGCCACAGUGAUGAAAUUGAUAUUGAAAUAGGUGACCCUAUUCAUGUCAAAAGCGAAGAUGAUGACCUUUGGUGUCAAGGUGUGAAUCUAAGAACCGGCAAGAAAGGUAUAUUUCCAUCAAUGUAUGCUACAGACUUACACUUCUUAGAAGAAGAUGAUGAUGACAGCUGUAAGAAAUUCCAGGUGAAGUUCCUUGGCUCCCUGGAGGUCAAUUGUCACAAAGGAACUGAAGUGUUAUGCCAAGCUAUAAAUAAGGUGGCAUUAACUCGAAGGAAAACACUAUCCUCAACACCUCCCCCGAAUUGCUGCUUAGAAAUCAGUGACUAUGGUAUUCGCAUGAUCGACAAGAGUAAAUCUGUGCACGAAAGUGACGCUAAUUUUUCAAACUUCUUCGCACUCAAAAAUAUCUCCUACUGUGGAUAUCAUCCAAGAAAUGAAAAUUAUUUUGCCUUCAUAACGAAGCAUCCAAGAGAAUAUAGGUUUGCCUGUCAUGUUUUUCUUGGAGACCAUUCCACUCGUAGUAUAUCAGAAGCUUUAGGACUAGCCUUCAAAAGGUUUUCCAGAGAAUACAUGGCUUUCACCCAUCCCACCGAAGAUAUCUAUCUUGAAUGACUAGCAUUAACAAUCCUGAAUGACCAGAACAUGCAGCAAGUGCAACAGGUGCAAUCAAUACAGCAUGAUGCAACCAUUAUGUGCAGCUAUCUAAUAUCAUUGCUGUUGGCUUCACUGACUGCAAAUCUCAAUGUGAUGUUACCUAACCCUAUACCCACCAUUGUUUCAUUCGAAGGACUGUAAUGUUUCAGAUGCGUGAAUACAUACAUACAUGCA